UCUGGUGGAGCGCAUUAUUUACAAAAAACGGGCAAAGUAUUCCGCCUCCCACGGUGCUACCACAUCCGAACGGUGAGGAAAUUAUCAGCGUGAUUACAGCAACGCUCUCCGGACGUUCGUUUCUGCUGCGCGUUUGUGGUGUGCAAAAUCGCGACCUACUCCGAUAAGGACAAGGAACGCGGUGGUUGUUCCGCCCCGCUUGGGCCAAAUAUUUCGCAACGUGACCUGGCCUGGCGGAACGGUGGCCAUGGAUCGGCGUGGCAACUGGGCGGCCGAUGAGGUCGAGGAAAUGAUCGAGAGCAUCAAAGAAAGAGAGAUCCUAUGCCUACCGGAGGGCCAGAAGGUUCGCUCGCUCGACAUCUUCAAGGUCGUGGCGAACGAUCUGCGGGCCAAGGGCAUGUACCGUACACCGGAGCAAAUCCGCACUAAACUGCGCAUCUUGCGGAAGGAUUAUUUCAAGGCGCUGCGUUCCGGAUCGAAGAGUGAAUAUCGGGCGUGCGAGUUUUUUACCUCGCUGCACGAUCUCUUCACCGAUGCGCAGCGUAAGAUGGAGGCAAAAAAACGCCGGUUGCAGCGUCGCCAGCAACAGCAACAGCAGGUACUGACUGAGAAUCCAUCGAACGGUAAUUACCAGCCAUCAUCACAUCGGGAUGAGUACCCCGGGGAUCUUCAAGAGCAUCGAACUAAGAAGCGAACGUCGACGACAACAUCAUCAGCCACGAUCAAAAGCAGUCGAAGCAGUAGUGUGAUCAGUUCGCGAAUGCUUAACGAGGAACCGAUAUGCUUGGAUCAAAGCACUAGCUUCGCAGUGCCCACCGUGGUUAAUGAUAGUGGUGGUGGACCGGGUGGUACGCCGGAUGGUAGUGUCAGUGGUAAACAGAGACCGGAACCGCUACCGGACAAGUACCACCUCAAGCUGAAUGAGUAUCUGCCGAACCUGAACAGUUCGUUGGCCAAUCUGUGCAAAACCGAGAGAUACGCGGAUGUCACGUUGUUGGUUUGUAACGACGAAGAAAGCCUCUCGAUUCCGGCCCAUAGGCUUCUGCUGGGAACGUUCAGUUCGUACUUUGCCAACAUCUUUGAGAGAACGACACAACUGGCGCCACAGGGGAUGAUGUAUAUCGUGCUACCGCCGCUCGUGACGAGAGCAGCUAUCCAGAGCCUACUACAGUACAUGUACUCUGGUGAGACGAUCGUACCGGCAGAUCUGCUAGAUGAUGUGAUGCUCUGUGGCCAGUUGCUACGGGUGCAUGGAUUUUGUACGAGAAAAUCGACUGGACUCCAAACGACAAAAGCACAACCAUCCCUCACAUCAAUUCCGCUGGUCUCGGUGACGAAAAACCUCACGCUAACUCAUACUCUCGAGACUCUUGAGGAGAUGCAGCAGGUCGCGCCUGCCUUCGAAGCACCUGUACCCAUGGAAACGGAUCAUCAGCAACGGCAGCAACAACAAACACCGGUCUAUGAUCACCGAUCUGAUCCGGAUCGGCAGAUGUUGCCAAUUGCACCAGUCGCUCCAACUGCUCCACUCGCUCCAACUGCUCCAGUCGCUCCAGCUCCAGAACGCUCUUCUUCCGCGUUGGCACGAGAACGAGAACAAGCUGAAAAAGAGCUAGAACUGGAACGUGCACGAGAACGCGAACGAGAACUAGAACGUGCACGAGAACGUGAACGCGAGCUAGAACAAGAGCGAAAACGAGAGCGAGAACGCGAGAUAGAACUGGAAAAGGAAAAGGAGCGUGAAAAAGAAAAGCGCGAAAAGGAGCGUGAAAGGGAGGAAAUGGAGCGAGAAAGAGAGAAAAAGGAGCGUGAGAAGGCGGAAAAGGAGCGUGAGAUGGCGGAAAAGGAACGUGAAAGGGUGGAAAAGGAGCGAGAGAUGGCGGAAAAGGAGCGUGAGAGGGUGGAAAAGGAGCGUGAGAGGGAGGAAAAGAAGCGAGAGCGCGAGGAAAAGGAGCGAGAAAGUCUGGAAAAGGAGCGGGAGCGACAAAGGCAAUGGGAAAAGGAACGUGAAAGGCAGCGUUUGCGAGAGCUGGAACUCGAUCGUGCCCGGGAACGUGAGCGGGACCGUCAGCGGCAGAUGGACAGAGAGCGGCUAAGGGCACUAGGACUCGAGCGGGUCCGUGUGGACGAUCUGGAUGAAUUGUCACGGUUUGCACCAAGUAGGAUACUGGCCGAACCGGAUGUCGAGAUGCUGGACGCUAACGGUAGGGAGGAUGAAGAUGAUGAUGAGGAUGAGGAAAUCAGGAAUGCAAAAACGGAAAAUUCUGCAGCAACAGAAGAUGAAGAAGAUGCAGAAGAUAGCCGUGAUUCACGAUCACCGACCCCGCAGCCGAUCGUGUUGCGACCGAAGAACAAACCAAAACUCCCUCUCACCGAUAACAUGCGCACGAUCGACGGUAUGACAUCGGAUGAGUCAGCGCUGGAAAUCGUGACGAAUGGUCCGGAAUCGUCCCCGUUCAGUAGCCGGGCACAAAACAGUCCAAAAAGCAUUCGAAGCAGUCCGCGGCUCGAGUCAAUUAUUGAGUCUGACAACGAGGAUCUGAGCCUACCAAACAGCAGCGAACUGCCGGGGUUGGCCACUGCCCGACCCGAUGACGAUCAUCUCGAUGAACCCCAUUCCGUCAGUGCGCCCGAUGAUCAUCUCGUCUACUCGCCGCUUGGUUGCCAGCUCUGUAGCGACACCUUUGCGACACCCGGCGACUGGGUGCAGCACGUGUACGGUCACUGUGGUGAAAAUCAGUCCCAGUGGAAAAAGAGGCGACUGUCGAUGAACGAGGAUAAGGAAACGCUCUGCGAUUCACGCUACCGGUGUGACAUGUGUUUGUCCUUCUUUACCACGAGAAACGCGUGGCUGGGUCACGUGGUCGUAGACCACGAGGAAUGUAUCAACGACUGUCUGAUUGCGCUGCCGUUCAACGUUUACGAUAUGAAAAAGUCCAGCUUUCCUAGCCUUUGAUUCUAAUCAGUGCGAUCCGGAAUGUGAGGCUUCUCCAUCGCAGGAUCUUCUCCUGUAGCUAUAACGCAGCUAGGAUUACAAUUCCCCCUCCCAUCUUUCCUCUUCCCUUACAUGUACGUCACACGUCUCGCGAAACACGUGAUUAGCUCGUAAAUGGCAUGAUUAUUUUAUUGUACAAUAAGCAGAGUGUAAAAUGUAUUAGGAAAAACAUUUCAUUUAAACUUA